AUCACUGGCCAGAGCGUCUCCUCUCUCCACAGACUCAAGGACAUCAACAAUGAAGAUGGUGGGUUCUUCGUAUUUGGAGACAUCUCGAUCCGCGUGCUGGGAAGACACAGGCUCAACUUCAGUCUGUUUGAGCUUAGAAAGGACACUGGAGAGGUCGUAUUCCUCAAGUCCAUCACGUCCGAGCCCUUCGAUGUGGUGCAGCAGAAACAGUGGCGGGGCCUUGUUGAGUCUACACACUUGUCCAGGACAUUCUCGGACCAGGGUGUGCGACUGCGCUUGCGCAAAGAGAAUCGC